ACAAGCUAUCCUUUAAGACUUAAGACAGCCGCUUUAUAUUGGUUUAUAACACUAUUAGCCCCAUUUAUCUAUUACUGGUAAUUUGCUUCCCUCAACCUUCAUGGAUGCCGCUCGAGAACAGCAACAACAAACCAGAGUUAAUGACGAAGAACCAGACUUGCAAAGAAACGCUUCUUCGACCAACCGAUGGCGAUUUCCGAAGCUAAUACAUUACAAAUGGUGGCUUCGUGUGAUUCUCUGCAUAUUCUUUCUUCUUGUUGGUCAAACAGCUGCUACUCUGCUAGGAAGAUUGUACUAUGACAAAGGUGGAAAUAGCAAAUGGAUGGCAACAUUUGUUCAAUCAGCGGGCUUCCCAAUUCUCCUUCCCCUUCUAUUUUUCUUUUCAUCUUCCACCAAAUCAGAAAACAUUUCGACUGCUUCUUCCUUCACAACCAAGCCAAAACUCUCCACCCUUCUGCUUCUGUAUGCCGCCUUCGGCCUACUCUUGGUAGGUGACAACAUGAUGUACUCAUAUGGACUUUUAUACCUUCCUGUCUCAACUUAUUCUCUGCUUUGUGCAACCCAAUUGGCCUUUAAUGCAUUCUUCUCCUACUUUCUCAAUUCACAGAAGUUUACUUCUUUCAUCCUCAACUCUUUAGUCCUUCUCACCAUUUCAGCCUCACUUCUUGCCGUCAAUGCAGACUCUGAAAACACUACAGGCAUUAGCAGAGGAAAAUAUGUAAUUGGGUUUUUAUGCACGCUUGGAGCAUCGGCAACGUACUCAUUAUACCUUUCCCUCCUGCAGCUUUCUUUUGAGAAGGUUAUUAAAAGAGAGACAUUUUCUGUUGUUUUAGAUAUGCAAAUAUACCCAUCAUUUGUCGCAACAUGUGGAUGUGUAGUGGGAUUAUUUGCCAGUGGAGAAUGGAAAGGUUUGUCAAAAGAGAUGAAAGAAUUUGAACAAGGCAGGGUAUCAUAUCUAAUGACUCUGAUUUGGACAGCAGUAACAAGGCAAAUUUCAUCCGUGGGUUUGUUGGGGUUAAUUUUUGAGGUAUCUUCUUUAUUUUCCAAUGUGAUUAGUACUUUGGCUUUGCCUAUUAUUCCCAUUUUUGCUGUGAUAUUUUUCCAUGAUAAGAUGCAAGGGGUAAAGGUCAUUGCCAUGCUGUUAGCAAUCUGGGGCUUUGUGUCCUAUAUCUAUCAGCAUUAUUUAGAUGACUCAAAAUCCGAGGCAAACAAAAGCAAAUCCAAUCAGGUUUCCGGGGCUGCUAUAGAGAUUUGAUGACUCUGGAAGUUAUAUAUUUAACAGUUUGGAAACACUGUUGAGAUGGUUUCAUGAAUUUUCUGCAUUGAUGUCUGAAUAUAAGGUGCUCUUUAACUAGAAAUAUUGCUUUUCAUUUGACUAUUAUAUGUAAAGAUUUCAGAACCCUAUUUUUGUGGUAUAUUAUACUGUUACAUAAUAUAACGUUUACCAUUCUAGAAAGUUCAUAGAAUAUGAUAUAUGUAUUUUUUGUAUCAUAUAUAUGUUUUGUAUCUGUGAAUUUCUGCAAAUUAAGUCAAUAAAUUGUGAAGGAAAGAACCAAGUGAAGCAUACAAACUCACAGGACUAACCAUCGGCUGCUAGUCAAUAAAAGAUAUUCCGUAGUGGCACUAUCAUUCCCUUCCUUGUCUUGAUAGUCCCACACUGAUUAUAUAUGAGGGAUAGGCUGAUAAGCAAGGUAUAGAAAAGAGAAAUGAAGGGGAGGAGAAAAGCAUACCUUUCUCGGCCUUUUGGCUAAGAUCAAGUGUAGUAUCUGUUCUUAUCAGUUUAAUAUCUGAUACGUGGGACAUUGUCCCGCAUGAUAUUAAAUUUAUUUUUCCAGGGAGAGGUUUCACCACAGUAGCUUGCUACUGGAGUCCUCAAGCGUCGCCCUAGUGUUGCACUAGUGCAUGGGCCUGGCGCAUCCCUCCAAUUCCAAUGCAGUGCUUGUGAUUUUAACUAGGGUACGGCUGAAUAGAUCGAAGUUUUCUCAAGUUCAGCACAUCGGACGCAAAUAAGUUGCUCUAGAAAUUGCAUUAUCUAGUAAAAGGCUACGGCAGUACGGCUCCAUGACUUUGUAAUUUGUUUCUGAGCCUUCCAUCUUCCAUGGCUGAGAUGUGGGGUUUCUCCUUUCAAAUUUCUAGUUUUUGCCAUCAAAAUGGGUGGGUGCUCUUUCAGUCUUUCUAUGUUGAAGCUUAUGACUAUGAUUUUCUUUUUCUAUAAGUAUAAAUUAUGUAAAAUUGAAAUUUGUAAUUAAGUGGUUUU